UUCAUUUUCAUUUUCAUUUUCAUUGUGAUUUAUGAAAAAAUGGCAAUUUUCAUCCAAAAUUUUUUCAUUUUAUCCAUCAUUCUGGCUACAGUAUUGAUUUAUGCAAAUGAAAUUCUUGGCGAUGAUGAUGUUAAUGGUACGAUCGUUUUUCAACCAUCCAAAAUGAUCAACUACAAAUAACCAAUCGAAAACAUUUGACAGAACCAUCAACAUUAUUAUUGAAACAGAAAUUGAAUAAAGAAGAAUAUGAUAAUUUCCGUGAUAGAUUAUUUUCGAUGCAACAACAUCGUUCACGUAAUAUGAUUCGUUUGAAUGAUUAUUAUCAACGAUUAUUACGAAAAGGUUCCAGUAAUAUUGAUCUUACAUUUCGUGCAUACAAUUUUACUACCGGUAUUCAAUUUGAAGAAGAAUUUGAUUGUGAUCUACAUUUAUUAACCGAUUGUGAAUCAAGUUUAUUACGAAAAAUUGAAAUUAUUGAAGGUCGUUUUGUUGUGUUUACCAUUAAUCGUACCGAAGAGGAAGAAGUUGCAUCACAAAUUGAUGUAUUGAAUGUAUGUCGAUCAUUGGAUAAAGAAUUUACCUGUUUGAUUAGAUUCGCUGAUAAAUGUGAAGAAAAAAUGACAUGGUCAACAUUUAGCAUAUUGAAAUAUAUUAUCACGCAGAAUAAUGAAACAAUUGUUUCGUGUAAACAAAAAGAAAUCGAUUGGCUUGGUCCACAGAAUGGUGAUGAAAUUAUUACCGAAAAUGAAUGGAUCGAUCAGAAUGGUAUAAGCCAUACGAUUAAUAGUAAUUCACGUGGACCAUGUAUACCGACACAAGUUAUUUGGAUAUGUUGGACAACAAACAUGGGCAAUGAUUUUCAAUUUGGCCAUGAUGAAAUAAAUACUGGUGAUCAUUGUGAAUCUUUAUAUCAUUUUGAACGUUGUUUGAAAAAAUAUCUUUAUGAAGAAGAUAGCAAAUGUUCAUUGGAUGAAAAAGAAGCUACCAUACAGAUAAUUCUCGGUACAGUCAAAUGGAAUUUGACACAGAAACAGAAUUUGCCAAAAAUUUGUUUUGAAUUAAAACAUCAAUGGAUGCGUAAAAUACAUGUGAUUGGUAUGCAAGAAAAAAUCUUCAAAGAUUAUUGGGAUCGUUCACGACGAUUUGCAUUCGAUCUACGAACAGAUUUUGGCAGUCUUCUUGAUCCAUAUUGUAAUUGGGUGGUGAAAAAAUUCGAUAAACCAUGUGAACAUCGUUUUGAUGGCCGUAUUCGUAAAUUAUGGAAUGAAGAAGACAUAAAUGGCAUACAAUUAGAUUGGCAACGUGAAAGUGAAACAAUUUGCUGUGCCAUUUCUGAAUUUAAACAAUGUGUUUCCAUAUACGUACUUAUCCGUUGUGGUAAAGAUUCAUUUCGAUAUUUUAAUAAUUAUUCAAAAAUUGCACAAUUGGAUCAAUGUGACCAAUUGGAUUAUGGAUCUGAAACAUGUUCAAUGCGAUUAAAUUUUUAAACAAUUUUAAAUAAUUUUGUUUUCAUCAAUAUAUCGAUGUAAUAUUUAUUUUUAAUUUAAUUUAUGGUUUAUGUUGUUAAUAAAAUGACACUAGAUGUCGACAGAAUCGAACCAAAAAAAAAAAAAUUCGAAUCAUUCCAUUUCCACAUUUUACAUGUGACAAUUUUUUUUUUUUUUUUUUGAAACGGUAUAUGAAAAUAUAACCGUUUUCAUUGUGUUUCCGAUUUAUAUUUACACAUGCUGCUUGUGUUUGGGGAAAUUUUCUUUUCUUUUUUUUUUCUCAAAAUUAAAUUUUGUUUGAAAUUGAUAUUUUUUUCCAGUGAAAAUCAUCAAAAAUGAGUGAUAAAAGUUCAGACAUUUAUAGUGCGUACGUGUGUUUGUGUGUGUUUGUACAUUUCUCAUUUACAAUACAAUAAAAUGCAUCAUGAUUGUCAUUUAUCAUCAUUUUU